AUGGGUUUUGACUACGCUUCGGAGAACGCACAAUACGACGUUCCACUUGUGCAAGGUCUUGUUGAACCCUGUCACUACUACGGUCGCAUUCUUGGUACAGACCCGGCAGAGCAAGACAAAGAUGUCCAAUUAUUUGCUGGAAUUCUGCGCGUCAUUCCAGGCAAGGUAGACUAUUACGGGCCCACAGAUCAUGAGGAGUCUGGCAUCGUUAUCAGAGGGGAACUUGACCUUGAGGACGAGACAGGAAAGAAGGUCACACUGCACCAAGGAGAGUCAUUUUUCAUCAGGAGACAAAGUCGGAUCAUUUUCUCUGCUAAGCGAUUUGCCCUGGUAUUCAAAUGCAGCUCCUAUGCUGCAGGGCAUGGAAAGUCUAAAGAGCUGAUUGUGUAG